AUGGCUCAAGUAAAACGUAUCACGUUUAUUGUGCAAAAGGGAGUUUCUUUAAACAGUCAGCUUUUGGAAGCCAAAACCGCGCUACAUGACGGUAACGUUUCUCCGAAUAAUGCAGCUCUUUGUUUAGAAUUUUUAACAAAUGCAUUUAAAAAAUAUGAAGAGCUGCAUGAUGAAUUAGCUUCUCUUGAAUCAGAUCACGUUCAAUUUGGCGAGUUAAUAAAUUGGCGAAGCAAAUUUUUCCUAAUCGACGGUAAACUCCAGGAACUGAGGCCUCCUCCUACAGGCGUCGAUCCUUCUUGUAUCGCGUUAGCAAACUCUACCUUUUCAGAAAAAACAAAGCUUCCAAAGCUUCUGGUUACUGAGAUCCCGUUAUUUAACGGAAUUAUCGACAAAUUGCUUUCUUUCAAAAAUGCUUUCAGUUCGAUCAUACGCUCCCGUACGGAUCUGGAUGAUGUUACCAAGCUGACUUAUUUAAAGAGUGCAAUGCGUGGUGAGGCCUUAACUAAAAUAGCUCCUCUUGGUUUGUCAGCUGAAAACUAUGCAAAGGCUUGGAAGCUUCUUACAGACUCGUACGAAAGAAAGCAUGUGCUAAUUUCUAAAGAUUUAGACGCACUCAUCAAUAUACCUCAUUUGCAAAAGCAACCUCAGUCGGUUUGUCAGCUUUGGUAG